AUGUUCAUUGUAAAAGAUGACAAAACAUUGGACCUGUCAGUGUGGCCUCAAGUCAGGGAGGCAUUCGGAGCAGACAGCUUCUCUGACUUCUUCACAUUUGACAACGGUGUCGUUGAUAACGAACAACUGACGGACGAGGAGGAGAACGAGGCACCACAAAACGCCGAGCCUGCCGCAGCGCCCCCUGGUGAGGCGGCUGCUCCGGUAGCCACCAAGGACGGCGGUGGCUGGAACCUGGCCACUCCGUGGGACCACGAGGCGCACGUGGCCUUCGUGCUGAUUGGCUUCGUGCUGCUGCUCUUGGCGCUAGCCCUAUUUGGCAUCUCGGUGGGCCUGUGGUUCAUGGACCCCGGCAGAGACUCCAUCAUCUACCGCAUGACCACGCAGCGAAUGAAGAGGGACUAG